AUGUUUAGUCGAAUUAGACCUAUUUCAAAUGAAUUCUCAAGAGAUGUUGAAAUCUCUUGUGAAGUAGCUGAAUACUAUUGGGACGAGAAUAUAGUGUUAUAUAUAAAUGUAAAUGGAAUUCAUUCGAGCAAAGAUCAUUGGCUGACUCCUGAAAUUUUCGACCCUGAACGAUUUUAUGAAAAAGCUCCUAAUGAAAAGCAUAAAUUCUCUCGGAUUGGAUUUGGUGCUGGAAUACGUAAUUGUCCAAGAAAAAAGUUGGCUAAAGUAGAAUUACUUUCAUUAUUAGUGUUGCUUUCAGAAA